UACGGAUCAUGAGAAGCGUGCUGAUAUUCAUGCUGCCAUCUUUCAUUCAGAGCAGACUAGGACAUCAUGCCGACCCUACGUCAAGCAAGAAAGUCCACGCAACAGCAUGGCUCGAUGGUCUGCGAGGUUUAGCAUCUGUCUUUGUCUUUUUCCACCACCUCUCAAUGUUAUCACACAACAUAUGGGCGCCCUGGGAUCCUGAACGCUUUAGCUCGCCCUUACGCCUACCAUUGAUUCGCUUCUUCUACCACGGCCCCUUUAUGGUGGGCAUCUUCUUCGCCGUCUCAGGUUAUGCUCUCUCCUACAAAGCUGUCAAACAGAUGCGACAAGGAGAUCUCGAGGCCCUUUGUUCAUCGUUCUCGUCUUCGGUUUUUCGCCGAGCUUUUCGAAUUUUCUUGCCUUGUAUCGCAUCAACGUUCUUCAUCGUCUUGGCCAUUCGAUUUGGGCUAUACGAGUGGACAAGACCGAUCGCAGACAACCACACACGAUUCUCUGGCUUCUCGGAACCCCAUCCUGAACGUACAGCGACGGUAAUUGAACAGAUUAAACCCUGGCUUAUCCUUUUUGUGAAUCCAUUCACAAACUACGAUGUUACGCAUUACGAUGUGCAUCUCUGGACUAUCUCGACGGAAUAUACGAAUUCCAUCAUUCUCUUCGUCACGCAGCUCGGCCUUUGCCGCUUAAGACCAUGGUUUCGGCUGCUCUCCUUGAUCUGCUUGAUUGUCUUUGCAUAUCAAAUCGCUCACUGGUCUAUUAUCUUGUUCUAUGCAGGUUUCAUAUUUGCCGAGUUAGACAUCAGUCGUCAGCCUGCGACAUCUCAACCCAGAACAAGAACGCGUAUUGAUCUCUUCUGGUCCACGAUUUACAUCGUUGUCUUUCUCUGCGGACUAUACCUUGGUGGUCAACCAGAGAUGAACUUGGAGAACGCGCCUGGUUGGAAUACGCUCCUUGUAUGGAUCCCUGAGUCGUUCGGGGUAAGAUGGUGGACAAGCUGGGGCGCUCUCCUAGUUGUCUGGUCAACAUCAAACUCCCCGACACUCCAACGCUUGUUCAACAACAAAGUGUCGCAGUAUUUAGGCAAGAUCUCUUUUGGUCUAUACCUCGUUCAUGGUUACAUCACCCACACGGCGGGAUAUCUCUUGCUGGCAUUUUUCUGGAACGUCAUUGGCGAUGAUACUCAUAUGAAAAAGGAGACAGGAUUUGUUUUGGCUACGAUAUUUCUCUUGGCCGUUCUCAUCUGGGCGGCUGAUGUAUUCACGCGAUUGGUAGACACACCAUCGCUGAGAUUUGCCAGGUGGCUGGAGCAAAAAUGUCUUGCGAAGCAUGAU